CAGCGCGGGUUCCUUGUCGCUGUGCAGAGCGAGCGCGAGAAUAGAAGGCGAACCGCAGCUGCCUUAUGUUCUUCCUGAACCACCAGUAAAAGGAAACAAGAAAAGAAAGACCGUGUUAGAAACUUCUACAACUAAAAAACGUCUGGAUCAAGAGCAGAAUUAACAUUGGCGUGUUCAUGUGUGAUAGAGGAGGCGUGGCUUUGGAGACACCUCUGAAGCGAGGGCGGGCUCUAUGCUUUCAAAUCUAUUUUGCUAACUGCUAGCCACUCUACCCGCCCCGUCGUCCAGACAACAGUCUGGAGCUUCUCGUAUGUUAACCCACACGCUCUCUAGCCGUCUGCUCACCCGGAAAGACAAUUACUGCAUCCGGGCCACUUCUUCUGCAUGUUGCUAUUCAGUCCAAUCUGCAACAGUUUUCUCUUUUUACUCUUUUUAAAUCUCUUAUAAACAUGUCCCGGGGCUCCAGCGCGGGAUUUGACCGUCACAUCACUAUCUUCUCUCCGGAGGGAAGACUUUAUCAAGUAGAAUAUGCAUUCAAGGCCAUAAACCAGGGUGGUUUGACAUCAGUUGCUGUUCGAGGGAAAGACUGUGCAGUAGUUGUCACACAGAAGAAAGUCCCAGAUAAGCUUCUGGAUGCUUCUACUGUCACUCACUUAUUCAGAAUCACUGAGAACAUCGGAUGUGUUAUGUCAGGAAUGACAGCUGACAGCAGGUCUCAAGUGCAGCGAGCUCGCUACGAGGCAGCGAACUGGAAAUACAAGUAUGGUUAUGAGAUCCCAGUAGACAUGCUUUGUAAAAGGAUUGCUGACAUCUCUCAGGUUUAUACACAGAAUGCAGAGAUGAGGCCGCUCGGCUGCUGCAUGAUUGUAAUUGGUCUGGAUGAGGAGCUUGGGCCACAAGUAUAUAAAUGUGACCCAGCAGGUUAUUACUGUGGGUUUAAGGCCACAGCAGCAGGUGUGAAGCAGACAGAGGCUACAAGCUUCCUGGAGAAAAGAGUGAAGAAGAAACUUGAUUGGACCUUUGAGCAAACAGUUGAGACGGCCAUCACUUGCUUAUCAACUGUGCUAUCAAUUGAUUUCAAGCCGUCUGAGUUGGAGGUAGGCGUUAUCACUGCCGAGGAUCCGAAAUUCAGGAUUCUGUCAGAGUCAGAGGUCGACACUCACUUGGUCUCUCUGUCUGAGAGGGACUGAGGUCUCAGAAGAAAGUAUUGAGAUAUGCAGGAUCCCGUUCAGAGCCCUUGUUCUCAUGUAAAUUACCCCUGUUCCAUUAAAGACAUUUUGAGAAAAAUA